CAGUCACCUGAUGGCUACCACUAGGUAUGGCGCUUUGUCGCAGAUAGAUUCGCAUGUUGGCAAGCAUUUUUGGGCGCAAAACUCGAAGCUCUGGCCGCAAAAAAAACAGAAAUGGAGCUCCUGCAGCUCCGCAAGAAGUUGAGGUCAAAUGCAGCAGGAAGCGGAAACGCCCUGCAGCGGAGUCAUUGGCCCCAAGCAGUGCGCCAAGCCAAAAGUUGCAGCUCCGGAGUACCACAAGUGGCGCAGCUCGAAGACGUCAAGCGAAGGAGAAAGCUGCAGCAACUGGCACUCCCUCCGACAAGGUGGCAGGAUUGGAAGCGGUCAAGGAUAGUUUGACCGAGCCUGCUCCUUCAGCUCCAGCUGUUGAGAUCUUUGGAAAAGACGCUUCUGAGUUCAAGCCAUGGGAUACGUUUGAAUUGGUGCAACAAGGCAGUGCCAAGGCAAAGCUUCCUCAGGUGCUCAUCUCUUACAUGGCCAAGUUCAAAGCGUUCAAGGAGCCAACAGCCAUUCAAGCCUAUUGCUGGCCUUUGGCUUGUGCUGGCCGGCAGGUGGUGGGAAUCUCCAAGACAGGCAGCGGAAAGACCUUGGCAUUCCUUUUGCCUGCCCUGCAGAGGGUCUUGGCCUUCAAGUUUGCAAAGACGCCUUCAUUUGGCCCUUACGCCCUGAUUUUGACUCCAACAAGGGAGCUUGCGCUACAGAUUGCACGAGAUGCAGCUGGUCUUUGCAAGGCCACAGGCAUCAAAAUGGCAUGCUUGUAUGGUGGAACCUCGAAAGGUGAUCAGAUCAAGUCACUACACUUUGGUGUUGACCAACUUAUUUGUACUCCUGGCCGUUUGGACGAUCUGGUGAGCAAGCCCGACAAAUUCACUGGCCAGUCCAUCCUUUCGCUGUCCAUGGUGCACUAUGUGGUCCUGGACGAGGCUGAUUGCAUGUUGGACUUGGGCUUUGAGCCACAGGUCAGGAGGCUGUUGCAGCAUGUCGCAGAGCAAAGGCAGAUUUUGUGUUUCAGUGCUACCUGGCCCAAGAAGGUACAGGCGCUCACAAAGGAAUUACUCCCAGACGCCAUUCACAUCAAGGUCGGAGCAUCUGACGGAAUCUCUGGAAAUCGAGAUGUUGAGCAGCAUGUGAGGCUUUUGACGGGUGAUCGCUUCCAAGAGCUGAAGACGAUCUUGCAGAGCCACCCGAACCAGGCGUGCAUCAUUUUUUGUGCCUUGAAGAAGACCGCAGCAUCCCUCAACCGCUGGCUGCGUGAGGAGUCAUUCGCCAGUGGUGCCAUUCAUGGGAAUUUGAUGCAGCAAGAGCGAAUAGAGGUUAUGGAGCAAUUCCGAAAGGAAGAGCUGAAGAUUCUGGUCGCUACUGAUGUGGCAGCUCGCGGCCUUGAUCUCAAACGUAUUUUGGUCGUGGUGAACUAUGAAUCGCCUGUUGUAUGCUUAGUUCACUGAAUUUGAUGCAGCGUUUCGCUGCUGUACCCGCAAUUCACCAGCUCUCGAAAUGCAACGAAGUCCGACCACUUUGAAGCCAAACUGUGCCGUGCUCACAAACUGUACGAUUCCACUAGUUCACGUGGACCAGAGCCAUUUUAGCUAUCACAAAUAGUGACAUUCUGAUUGUUGUGCGGCUUGUACAGGAUUCUACAAUGCUUUGAAUAAGUCGAAGAAAGGGCAAGAACAAAUAGCCCUCGGUGAGACCAAACACCUUUUCUUCUUCCUUUUAGAGACAUCUUUUGCUGAAAAGAGCGUGUUUGUCCUAGAGGUCUCGUUGGAUGCCCAUGUGCAUCGAGUUGGCCGCACCGGGCGUGCUGGGCAGCGUGGUCAUGCUUAUUCUUUGCUUGAGCCGGAGGAUGUUCAGUAUGCGCGAAUGCUGUCAGAGUCUUUCCGCAGCGCUGGGCAGGCUGUCCCUGGCUUUGUCGCAAACUUGGCCGCACGGCCUUUGCUGCUCAGUUGAGACCGUCCGAAUGUGUCGAACAUAGUGCGUCAACGUGUUGAGCUGAUCUUAGAGCCCCGACAGAGUGUUUCUUUAUGCAUCGCUGCAUUUGCAGGCAUUGGAGUUGGUCACCCGCAUAUAAAGUAAAUCUAAAGUGUUUGUUGCAUACUCAUUGCAUGUCUUUGCGUGUAACAGCGGUAGUUAGCACAACGAACACGGGUUUACCUUAGCAUCCAAAACCAUUGAUCGGGUCCCACAGCUUCAAUUACUGCGGGGUUUCACAAGGUCGCCAACACUCGAGAAGAUCA